AUGCCCUCGCCGCGCAUGAUGUUACCGGCUCAGAGGAGCUGCGGCGCCUUCAUGGGCUCACCCGCCCUCCGCACCUUACUCUUAAGGCAGUAUGCUACUGUUACAAGGUCUACCGAGACACCUGCCUCCGACAAGACGACAUCGCCCGCCAGCGAGUUUUUCGUGCCCACAGCAUCCGACAAGUCUACCAGGGAUUCUGUCAUCAUGCGCACCUAUAAGCCGCGAACCCCCGGUGUGCGACACUUGAAGCGCCCCAUCAACGACCACCUGUGGAAGGGUCGCCCGUUCUUGCCCCUGACCUUCCCCAAAAAGGGCCACGGCAAGGGAGGUCGUAACUCCUCUGGAAAAAUCACCGUCAGGCAUCGUGGAGGUGGUGCUAAAAGGAGGAUACGAACUGUCGACUUUGAGCGCUGGCAGCCCGGCCCGCAUUUAGUCGAUCGCAUUGAGCACGACCCUGGACGGAGCGCUCAUAUUGCCUUGCUCACGAACAAAGACACAGGCCGUAAGAGCUACAUUGUGGCUGCUGAGGGCAUGCGAGCGGGGGACCUUGUUCACAGCUACCGUUCUGGUAUUCCCCAAGACCUUCUCGAUAGCAUGGGUGGUGUGGUCGAUCCCGGUAUUCUGGCAGCUAAGACUGCUUGGAGAGGCAACUGUUUGCCCAUGCACAUGAUUCCAAUUGGUACUGUUGUCUUCAACGUUGGAUCAAGAGCUAAGGGUGGUGCUGUCUUCUGCCGUAGCGCCGGCACCUACGCGAUUGUUGUCUCCAAAGAGGAAGAGACCAAGGACGACGGUACUAAGGUGAUGACGGGCAAGUACGUCAAUGUCCGUCUGCAGAGUGGUGAAAUUCGCAGAGUCAGCAAGGAUGCUUGCGCAACCAUCGGAGUAGCCAGCAACCCACACCACCAGUACAGACAGCUGGGCAAGGCUGGAAGAAGCCGUUGGCUGAACAUCCGCCCUACCGUUCGUGGUGUUGCCAUGAAUUCUGUUGAUCAUCCUCAUGGUGGUGGUCGCGGAAAGUCCAAGGGAAACCGUCACCCAACGAGUCCUUGGGGCACACCGGCCAAGGGAGGAUACAAGACCCGUCGCAAGCACAACUUCAACAAAUGGGUUGUCGAACCCAGAUUGCGCAACAUGGGCAGGAGGAGAAACAAGAGCCAGGCAGCCUAG